AUGCUAAGGAGGAGGCAAAUUCUGCAGCGUCUGUUUUUUUUGUAUCUUGGCGGUCUCUUAUAUUUUCGAAUCAUUCAGUGCUGUGCCCAGUACCUGUUCGACGACUCAGCAGAAUAUUACCCCACAGUGAAGCCGUUUGAGGCUGGAAAGUUCCAAAACUUUAUCCCCUACGUCUCGUCGCCCUUAUUCGGCAGCGAUAAGAAGGGGGACCAGCUGGAUUUCCCCACAAGUUUCUUAUACUCUGGAGUACUGUCACCAGAAAGCCACAAGUUUGUCGAGGCAUUUCAGACACGGUGGAACAGAACAGAGAAUAGAGCCAACCUCUCCACGAAGCAAUCUUCUGUCAAUCCUAACGGAGAGCUUGCCUUUCAACAUUGGUUACCAGAAGAUUUUGUUCGAUCAACCGUUCCAUCCUCACCGUCUGAAGAUGCUGGGGAAAAGGAACCGAAACCAGAAUCAGCAUCAUCGGAGACGGAGGAGGCAACAACUGCUGGCGUUCGAUUUAUUCAAAACGAAAGACCCUUUUUCUCUUUAGAAGAUCGACCUCCCGAUCUUCAGAGUAUGUCUAGCUCUGGGACAGCCGCAAGAACGUGGGGUAAAAUCAAAACGCAGAUGCUGCACGACCAAUACGACAUGCCCGGUGACCACGGCUACGAACCCUUUGUCCAUACGAGGACAAAUGCGACAGUGACUCGAUCAUCACAAUGGGACGGUUACUUCCCCGUUGUUGAUCACAUCUCAAAGACCAACGAUUUACUGAGACUUGCCACGCCAGACGCCACUGCGAUACAGGAUGUGGCGGAUUUCGUUCUUGAGGAGCUACGACAAAGAGGCAACAGCACAACUUUUUAUGACGCAGUAUCGACGCUUCCGCCCGACAUCAUCGUCGCAAUGGGCAUGGAUAGUAGUGACGCAUACUCUGUAGUUCGGUGUCUGAAAGGUUACCAGGCUGUUUCAACUUCUGUUUGCGCAUCUCCGCUGGGAGAAGAAAUCCCAAUUCAGGGAUCAUGCGUUGGUGCAGGAGCAUACGACACAGAAAUGAGUCGCUGCUUUACUGUCUCGGAGGUCAGCUUGUCAAAAGAGUCUUGAUUCACGUAGCAACUUCAUGAAUGGCGUGCGCAGGGUGUGCAUA